AUGACGGAGCUGCACCUGGCCGGCCUCGACUUUCAGCACUUCGUGCUCGGUCCUUGGCUGGCGCCGCUGGGCAGCCUGCGCCGCAUAAACAUACAUGCCGCCGACACACGUUCGGCAGUUGCCGGCUCCCUGCGCUUCCUGACAGCGCUGGAGUCGCUGGAGCUGGACAUCGGAGACCUGGUUGGGCUGCGCCAUUUCGCCCUGUCCUUCACGUGCUUCGAUGCUGAGGGGUAUGCGCCGCUGGCGAGGCUCACACGCCUGCAGCACCUGGAUUUGAGCCGCAUCUGUGGGCCCAUGCCAGAGUGCCUGUCCCGCCUCACCCAGCUGCGCUUUCUGGCGAUAGACUACAGAGGCGAUUUCGCUGACGAGGCGAUGGAAGUUGUUGGGCGACAGCUGCCGUACCUCUCUCAUCUCACUCGGCUGCAGCUAGACAUCACGACCGACACUGCGCUGGCGCUGACCACCCUGUGCCACUUGAACAGCCUGCGCUGCAACACCACCGAUGGCACAGCCCUGCCCGCUGGACCCUGGCUGGCCACACUGCAGCGCCUGGUUGCGCCCAGCAAGCUGAUUGUUGACAGCCUGGACGCCCUGGCCUCGGCGCCGCAGCUGGAGCGCUUGGCGUAA